GGCCGCUCGGAGCCGCGCGAACAUGGCCGAAGUCGGCGAGGACAGCGGCGCCCGCGCCCUGCUCGCGCUGCGCUCGGCGCCCUGCAGCCCAGUGCUGUGCGCCGCAGCCGCCGCCGCCGCCUUCCCCGCGGCCGCACCCCCGCCGGCCCCCGCGCAGCCCCAGCCUCCGCCCGGGCCGCCGCCGCCGCCGCCACCGCCGCUGCCUCCGGGCGCGAUCGCGGGCGCGGGCUCCUCCGGGGGCUCCUCCGGGGUAUCCGGGGACUCCGCGGUCGCGGGCGCGGCGCCGGCCCUGGUGGCCGCGGCGGCCGCCUCGGUACGGCAGAGCCCGGGGCCGGCGCUGGCGCGGCUGGAGGGCCGCGAGUUCGAGUUCCUCAUGCGCCAGCCCAGCGUCACCAUCGGCCGCAACUCGUCGCAGGGCUCGGUGGACUUGAGCAUGGGCCUGUCCAGCUUCAUCUCGCGGCGCCACCUGCAGCUCAGCUUCCAGGAGCCGCACUUCUACCUGCGCUGCCUCGGCAAGAACGGCGUCUUCGUGGACGGGGCCUUCCAGAGACGCGGCGCGCCCGCCCUGCAGCUGCCCAAGCAGUGUACCUUCCGGUUUCCCAGCACGGCCAUCAAGAUCCAGUUCACGUCGCUCUACCACAAAGAAGAGGCCCCAGCCUCCCCGCUGCGGCCACUGUACCCACAGAUCUCCCCUCUGAAGAUCCACAUCCCGGAGCCAGACCUCCGGAGCAUGGUCAGCCCCGUCCCCUCCCCGACGGGCACCAUCAGCGUCCCCAACUCCUGCCCAGCCAGUCCACGCGGUGCCGGCUCCUCCAGUUACCGCUUUGUGCAGAACGUGACCUCGGACCUGCAGCUGGCAGCAGAGUUUGCAGCAAAGGCCGCGUCGGAGCAGCAGGCAGACACGUCUGGAGGAGACAGCCCCAAGGAUGAGUCAAAGCCGCCGUUCUCCUACGCGCAGCUGAUCGUGCAGGCCAUCUCCUCCGCCCAGGACCGGCAGCUGACCCUGAGCGGGAUCUACGCCCACAUCACCAAGCAUUACCCCUACUACCGGACAGCCGACAAAGGCUGGCAGAAUUCUAUCCGGCACAACCUCUCUUUGAACCGUUACUUUAUCAAAGUCCCACGUUCCCAGGAGGAGCCUGGGAAGGGGUCUUUUUGGCGAAUAGACCCUGCCUCUGAAGCCAAGCUCGUGGAACAGGCAUUCCGGAAACGGAGGCAGAGGGGUGUCUCCUGCUUCCGCACCCCCUUCGGGCCUCUGUCCUCAAGGAGCGCUCCAGCUUCGCCCACACACCCCGGGCUGAUGUCCCCUCGCUCCAGCGGCCUGCAGACCCCAGAGUGCCUGUCUCGGGAGGGCUCCCCCAUUCCACACGACCCUGAGUUUGGGUCCAAGUUAGCUUCUGUCCCAGAGUACCGGUAUUCCCAAAGCGCACCCGGCUCCCCCGUCAGCGCCCAGCCAGUGAUCAUGGCCGUGCCUCCCCGACCGUCCAGCCUCGUGGCCAAGCCCGUGGCCUACAUGCCCGCCUCCAUCGUAACCUCACAGCAGCCCGCGGGCCACGCCAUCCACGUCGUGCAGCAGGCCCCCACCGUCACCAUGGUCAGGGUGGUCACCACAUCUGCCAACUCGGCCAACGGAUACAUCCUCACCAGCCAGGGCGCGGCGGGGGGCUCCCAUGAUGCGGCGGGCGCAGCCGUGCUGGACCUGGGCGGCGAGGCCAGAGGCCUGGAGGAGAAACCCACCAUUGCGUUUGCCACAAUCCCCGCGGCUGGUGGAGUCAUCCAGACGGUGGCCAGCCAGAUGGCCCCCGGGGUCCCCGGACACACGGUCACCAUCCUGCAGCCCGCCACACCCGUGACCCUCGGGCAGCACCACCUUCCAGUCCGGGCCGUGACUCAGAACGGAAAGCAUGCGGUUCCCACGAACAGUUUAGCCGGCAACGCUUACGCCCUCACCAGCCCUUUGCAGCUCCUUGCGACCCAAGCGAGUUCAUCCGCGCCGGUGGUGGUCACCCGGGUGUGCGAGGUGGGGCCCAAGGAGCCGGCAGCAGCCGUCGCAGCCACGGCCACCACCACCCCAGCCACUGCCACCACCGCCUCUGCCUCCGCCUCUUCCACUGGAGAGCCCGAGGUCAAAAGGUCCCGGGUGGAGGAGCCCAGUGGGGCUGUGACCACACCAGCCGGAGUGAUCGCAGCCGCCGGCCCCCAGGGGCCAGGCACUGGGGAGUGAGGUCACCUGCAACGCGGGGGAGUGGGACUCACCCAGCGGCGACCCCGAAGCUGGACCCGGCAGCUCAGGCGGCCGCACCCACAGACGGAGGAGAACAGCCCGCGGCGGCCUGCGGGCAUCAGCGGCACCUGGACACACCCAGCCCUUUCCAUUUGAUCACCUGCCUUCCCGUGGUUUAAAACAAAAACACAUAAACAAGUUCAGACAACUGA